AUGGCUGUGCUGGCCAGGGGAAGCCCACUUCGUCGCCUCACCCUGAUGGUUCUCCUGUUAUGCCUCUUCAUGGAAUACAUCGUGGAGGCGGCGGCGGAGGAGGCGUUCGUGUGUUUGUCAGAUUGGCGCUUGGGGAUCAUGGAGCACUUGUACUGCGCCGUGUGGAAACAGAGCGGGACUCCAUCCGGUGACGGCUGCCGCUGUACCUCACAGUACGAGGGGCGAUGUUGUAAUGUCCACAAGCCACAAGGCACAUUUAACUGUGACUUUGAGCUGGGACUGUGCGGAUGGAGACAGGCCUACGACGACAACUUUGACUGGAGCCGACGCAGUGGAUCGACUCCUUCCUCCAACACCGGACCGAAUGCUGACCACACCACUGGAAUUUCCACUUCAGGCACAUUUAACUGUGACUUUGAGCUGGGACUGUGCGGAUGGAGACAGGCCUACGACGACAACUUUGACUGGAGCCGACGCAGUGGAUCGACUCCUUCCUCCAACACCGGACCGAAUGCUGACCACACCACUGGAAGUGGCUAUUAUAUCUACAUCGAGACGUCUUCUGUCUCAUCCGGUAGUGUCGCCCGUGUGAUCAGUCCUCUCGUUACUGCUACAAGUGCCAAGUGUGUCCAGUUCUGUUACCACAUGUACGGUAGGAACGUGAACAGGCUCAAAGUGUACAUCAAGACUGGCUCAUCGCUUGGGAAUCCUGUGUGGACUCGGACAGGAGCACAGGGAAAUCAGUGGAACUUUGGGCAGGUAGACAUUCCAGCAGGGAUAUCAUUCAAUAUUGUGUUUGAAGCAAGCCGGGGAUCUGGAUAUUAUGGAGACAUCUCGCUGGAUGACAUCUCUAUUGUGGACAACUCAUCUGGGCAACAAGAUACAGGGCAACAAGAUACCAUCAUUAUCAACUACACUUCAAUAAACCUCAAGCUUGGUCUUGGCCUGGGUUUACCACUCGGUAUCCUAGCCCUCGCCAUCCUCGUCUACGUUUGUAAGAAAAAAUGUGGCUAGGUUGAAGGAACAGGCAAAACCAAAGGAGAUGCCUCAUCGUCCAAAUUGAACGUGGACUUGAUGAAUAAUCACUUUUGAUUUAAUUACGGCGUGUUGUUUUGUUCUGUGUUGUGUAGUGCAGUGCUGUGUUGAGUUUUAGCAUAUAUCGGAUCACUUUUAGCAGAAAACAUGGCAUGGUACGGCAUAAUUCUACAUAAUUAUUAUAUGACUACCAGUAGAAUUGUUUUGUAAAAUCAAUACCACUUCCUGAUUUGCUUUUGUUUUCCUUGUUUUCUUAUGCUAUGAUAUUUUCUUUGUGUUAAUAUUG